UUGAACUCCAAAAAUGUCUAAAAACGACGUUACGGAGGAAGAUUCUGGACAGAAGAGAUCGAAAAACAACGAGAAUGAUGAUGCUGCUGAUUUUGAUGCAUCAAAAUCGUUGACAAUGUCAUUCUUGGACUGGAAAAAAUGCAAGGAAGCCCUCAGGCCAGAUGCAACACAGCGAAACAACAGCAGCGGACGUAAACAAUGGUCCCAGAACGACAACAGAAACUUCAACAGUGGAAAUGUGAACCAAUGGAGCAACCACCAGGACAGAAACAAUAUUCCACCGCUCAGUCGACCGCCACCGCUGCCCUUGCAGUUGAUGUCAAUGGGUCUGGGGUUUGGAAGUAAUUUCGGAUCGGGUCCUUGCAACGGCCCCCCACCACCCAAUAUGCCCAACUGCAAUAUGGGAAACAUGGUAAUGGGCAUGGGUGGGCCAGGUGGACCAGGCCCUGGACCUGGAGCGCGCCGAAAUAAUGGCAACAUUCAAGGGCCACUGCAACCACCUCCUUUUUGGGAUGACAUGAUGUCGCCCAAUCAUCGACCGCCCAUCCAGCCGCCAAUGCCCAAGUGCCCUAGUCUCUGGAACCUUGUGCCCAAGGAUAAGGGCCAGCGGCAGAACCGCACCAACCAGACACCCAACAAGAAGUACAAGCUAAACAGCAACAGCAAAAACGUGGCCAAGGAUACGUACCUGAUGCCUCCGCCACCCCCGCCGCCGCCGCCUCCGCCAUCUGAUGGUGACACUAACAGCAACGCCAACGUCAACAAGGACGCUUCCACAUCGAACGGCGGACAGCCAACGAAAAAGAAGCGAAGCGGUGCCUUUAUUCAAAUCAACGGACAGUGGAUACAAAAACCGGAGGCACCUCUGCCCCUCGAAGAUUCGCCGCCUGGCACGAAAGAGGAUCGUCAGCGUCAGUGGAAAGAGUAUCGCCAGGCGAUGAAGCCGUUCAAGAAUCGCGAAUUCCACAACUGGAAGAGAACUGUACAGCGACUGGGCAAGCUGCCGCGCGAGGAACUCGACGAACAGCAAUUGGAGCGGCUGCAAAAGGCCGAGGAGUACAUUGGCGCCCACAAGGCAAUGCUGACCAUCAAGCAUGCCGAGCGCUGGGUGCAGCAGGACAAUCAGAAAAGCAAUGAUUCCGACAAGACCCAGGUCUAUGUGCGUCGCCAGGGCACGCCGAGUUUUUGGGACAAAUCGAAGCAGAGGCAAGGCCAGGCCAGCAAUGGAUUCCAGCCAGGGCAGCAGCUGGACAGUGAGCCCAAGAAGCCAUUCGUAGCCACUGGCCGGGCGAUCAAGGGCGGCUUUCCGAUGGAUUCCCAGUCGCAGGUGCAGUCCCAGCCGCAGACAAUGCCCAUGGGACAAUAUAAUUCACAACAUCAGCAGCGGGAAAACAACUACAACAGCGGCAGCGCCAUUAGCAGCAGUAAUUCGUUUGGAAUGGUAUCCAACACGAGCAGGCCGAACUCCUCAUAUUACAGCAACUACAGCAAUAGCUUCGUGAAGGGCGACAUGGUGCUGCCCCCCUAGAACAGUUGCCAGCCAGUGAGCUGGAGCGAGGGCUUUACCUAGUUAACCGAUUGGCACCGCACCGCACCACCACCGAUUGCGACGGCAACUUCGAUACGAACACGGCACCGGAUAAGACCCGAGAGGAUAACCCCAGGAGAGUACACAAGGUCGGCGGGUAGAUACACGGGUCACUGCCCCGACAGCAGCAGUAUUUGUAUUCAGAUAAAUGUAACAAAAUCUCAUCCUAAAACUAA